AUGCUCUCCGAGCUCCUAUCCCAGGUUACCAUGGAUGGCAGGGCGCCCAUGCUGGCAGAUACCGAACCAGCACGACCACUGUCACAAACACUAGAGCGAUGUCUCCAGCAGCUGUUCAAAAUAACCGGCCGACACACCAGACACCACCACAGAGUAUCCGAGCUAGACAUAUACGCACAGCUAGAGACCCUCCGCGCGAUCCUCUGCCAACUGGAUCCCUCGCUCACCCUCCCACCGGAUCUCGUCUCUGACAUCGACAAAGUCCUCACACACCGAAGCAGCCACUCCCUCCUCACAACCUCAUCCUCAAUCUCGCCGCGGAUUACCAUAACACACAGAACGACUCCCAGCACCCACACACCAAAACAAAUACGCAUCUCCCUCUGGAAAGGCGACAUCACAACCUUAACGGACGUAACAGCCAUCGUCAACGCCGCGAACUCGCAAAUGCUCGGCUGUUUCCGGCCCUCGCACCGGUGUAUCGAUAAUGUCAUUCAUUCCGCCGCAGGGCCACGUCUCCGCUGCGCUUGUUACGAGCUCAUGCAGGAGCAGGGAUGCGAGGAGCCGAGUGGACGAGCCAAAGUCACGCCCGGAUUCAACCUGCACGGGCGGUAUGUCAUCCACACCGUUGGCCCGGAGCUCAGUGACGGGCGGAGUCCGAAUGAAGAUGACCGACGGGUUUUGCGAGAGUGUUAUGUGUCGUGCCUUGAAGCCGCGGAAGGAUUGACAACGUUGGGGGAUGGGAGGAAGGUCCUUGUUUUCUGCUGUAUCUCGACUGGACUCUUUGCGUUCCCUUCGGAUGUUGCUGCAAAGAUUGCGCUGGAUACCGUUGUUGAGUGGUGUUCGAAGCAUCCUGAGACGACGAUUACGGAUGUUAUCUUUGAUAUGUUCUUGCAGCGGGAUUGGGAUCUUUAUAAUGAGAACAUGGCAGCCCUGCCAAUCCACUCGGCCGAUCGCGCGACAAUAACCCUGAACCCAACCCCAGCCGAACCACCCCACCCCCUCAUCCCCGACUCCAUACUCACAGCAAAAUCAUGGCUCCGCAGCGCAGACUACCUAAUAAUAAGCGCCGGCGCCGGGCUAUCAGCGGCAACAGGGCUCGACUAUACAUCAUCAGACCUGUUCGCAAAACACUUCCCGGCCUUCCUCCCACUGGGCUUCCGUCAACUAUACGACGUCUUCGGCUUCGACGGGUGGGAAUCCCCAGAGCAGAAAUGGGGAUAUUAUUUCCACCAUCUCCAGAUGGUACGGACCUGGCCGGAGUCGGCGCUAUAUGCGAAUUUACGCACCAUUGCCGAGCGAUUCAGGGGUAGGUGCUUCGUACGCACGUCGAAUGCCGAUGGGCUCUUCGUCGCGAAUGGAUUCCAUCCGUCGAGGAUCUCGACGCCCCAGGGGCAGUAUGCGUUCCUGCAGUGUUUCGCCAAGUGUCGGCGCGAAGCUGUGUUUCCAUCUGCGCCCUUUGUUGACGCUGCGCUUCCAUUCUUAGAUCCACGGACGCAGUGUCUGACUGAUUCGUCGAAGGUCCCCGCGUGCAAGUACUGCGGUGGGGAGCUCACGUUAUGUGUACGGGGCGGCGACUACUUUAACUCGUCCCCGUUCAAAGCGCAGGAGAGGGAAUACAAGCGAUUCAUCGAGCAUGUAUCGAGCACCAUAGGUGCUACGUCGUGUGAAGGGGAUGGCGGUGCAGGUCCCAAAGCUGUGAUCCUGGAGCUCGGCGUGGGGAUGAAUACACCAGCUGUGCUCCGCUGGGCGAAUGACGAGCUGGUAGAGGAGUCGGCAGGCCGUGGAUCCCGGUUGAUUAGGGCUGGGCUUGAUGCGGCGGGGUGUGCGCCUUGGGAUCUCGAGGAGGAUGGGCUGGCUGUGGGGAUACAUGGGGAUUUGAAUGCGGUGGUCCGCAUGCUGGGUGAGGGUUGGAUGUAG